AUGGCCUUGGAGGCAGACAGCGACAGAGGUUCAUCAAGAAGCGCUCAUGAAAAAUAUCCCCGGGCAGCGUUGGAGCGCAACGGCUACGUGAAGACAUGUGUCACCCCGUUGCACCAGGACGCAGGGAGCCAGUCGUGGCUGAGACUCGCCGUGACAUGGACUUGCCGAGGAGUGUCGUCUGCGGUCUGCGUUGCCUCCGUCUCCGUUAUUCUCGCUCUGCUGCUCAGAUUGGUCGACUGGGAUGCAGGCAGCAGCAGCAGCAGCAGCAGCAGCAGCAACGGACAUAGAAGCAGCUCUGACUCUCGUCUUCAUUUCGCGGCGGGCUGUGCAGUGGAGCUGCUUCUGACUGCGUGUUACUGCGUCUCCCCAGUUUUUACGCUCGUAUGUGCCUUCUUCUGGGUCGGGCUGUAUCUGAUUCGCUGCGGGGUGCUCAUCCGUACCGCGUUUUUUUUGUUAGCGGUGUGCCACUUGGGCGAAGCCGCGGCGCAGUCCCUCCUGCGCGGCGCAGAGGAGCAGCUGCUGUCCCUCCCCGCAACCCUGGUAGUCCUCGGCUGCCUGGGCAGCGGGGCUCUGCUGGUCGUCCGGGUGGGUCAGGGAGUGUCGAUCCUCAUCUUCAUUAGCGUCAUCAGGGCCGUCUCCCUCGUCUCUCUGAGCAGCGUCCGGGCCAGCUGGAGACCCUACCUGGCCUACCUGCUGGGGCUGCUGGGGGUUUUGCUUGCGAGGUAUGCUGACCGGCUCCUGCCGGCCUCAGGGACCAGCGGGACGGGGUGCUGUGGCUCUGUGACCGGGGCGAAGGAGGAGGACAUCCCUGUCUUCAAAAGGAGACGGAGGUCCAGCUCCAUAGCGGCCUCGGAAAUGAUGGCUCAUUGUCAGAGCAACAGCAAGUCCCACCGCAGGACUUCGCUGCCCUGCAUUCCGCGGGACCAGUCUUCGGGCACCAGUGUGGUAGUGGACAUCGCGGUGAUGGGUGAGGCCCAUGGUUUGAUCUCAGACCUGCUGGCAGACCCCUCGCUGCCCCCUAACACCUGCAGCUCUCUGAAGGCCGUCAGCAACCUCCUCAGCACCCAGUUCAGCCUCCAGCCACUGCACCGGCCCCGCAUCCCUGCAGACACACACACCUGCUCUGACUCUGAGGAGGGGCCCGAAAAAACAGAGAGACUCGCCAUUCCAAAGCGUCUAAGGCGGAGUCUGCCCCCGGGGUUGCUGAGGAGAAUCUCAUCAACGUGGACCACAACCACCUCAGCUACAGGGCUGCCCACCAUCGAGCCGGGCCCUGUACGCCGAGACCGCUCAGCCAGCAUCAAACACACCACAGACAGUGAAUCAUGGAACAACUCAGUGAUGAUGACCAUCUCAAAGAGCCGCUCCAUGUCUGCCUCCUGCGCUGCCUCUGUCACCUCCAACCAUCUCUACAGCAAACCACUGGGAAGACCAGGUUUCCCCCCCUCCAACGUAUCACCUCUGGGCUCUCCGUGCCCAUCUCCUCCCGUCCAGGGCACUCCUGUCUCCAGCCCUACGAUAAAGACAUGUUCAGUGCAGCUUCCUGAGACGACUGGGCCACUAACAGAGCGAGAUCCUGGCUCUGUGGCCCCGAAGAGCCAUCACAGAGCCUUAACUCAUAGCCAGAGCGCCCCAAGCUCCACCACCCCUCAUUGGCGGCCUCCAUCACUCUGCGGCAGCUGUGGCCGGCCGUUCAACAAUCGACUAAACCAUGGGGUAGAAUCUGUCGACAAAGGAGACAGAAUACCCCAUCCAGAUGAGCGCGCAGUGGCUUCAUCAGACUAUGACAGCACCUAUGACAGCACCUAUGAGACCAACCACAGUGACAGCAGCGACUUUGCACAGAAUGAAGAGGAGGGAGAAGUAAGCAAAAAGCCACCUGAAGCAAGGGAAGGGUGCAGGGAGUAUCCAGCAGAAGGCAUUCUUCUUCACCCUCUGCUGCCAUCACCAGAGGAUAAACCAAUCUUGGCCCUGGAGGCUCUAGUGAUGCCAGGCCUGGAGCCUGUGAUGAGUCAACUCAACAACUGGAAUUUUCCGAUUUUCAGUCUAGUGGAGAAGACUGACGGCAAAACAGGCUGCAUCCUCAGUCAGAUUUCCUAUCGGCUCUUUGAGGACACAGGUCUGUUUGAGACCUUCAGGAUUCCUGUACAAGAGUUCAUGAACUACUUCCAUGCUUUGGAGAAUGGUUACAGGGACAUCCCUUAUCACAAUCGGAUCCAUGCCACUGAUGUUCUGCAUGCUGUUUGGUACCUCACCACUCAGCCUGUGCCAGGUCUGCCCACCCUGCUGACUGAGAACGGGAUACACACUGACUCAGAGAAUGGCAUUACACCUGGUGCUACAGGCUUCCUGGUGUCCCAGAUGAACUCUGUGCUGGAGGAAGGCUAUGGCUCCCUGGCUGGCCUUAUCCCUGGCCUGGAGCUCAUGGCCCUGUAUGUAGCUGCUGCCAUGCACGACUAUGACCAUCCUGGAAGAACCAACGCCUUUCUAGUAGCUACCAGUGCACCACAGGCCCUUCUAUACAAUGACAGAUCGGUCUUAGAAAAUCAUCAUGCAGCUUCAGCUUGGAACCUCUUUAUGUCUCGGCCCGAGUAUAAUUUCCUGGUUAAUCUUGAACAUGUGGAGUUCAAGCGCUUCCGCUUCCUAGUCAUUGAAGCCAUCCUGGCCACUGACCUCAAAAAGCACUUUGAUUUCCUCGCAGAGUUUAAUGCAAAGGUGGGUGAUGAAGGUGUCUCUGGUAUUGAUUGGACUAACGAGAACGACCGAUUGCUGGUGUGCCAGAUGUGCAUCAAGCUGGCUGAUGUCAAUGGACCGCUGAAGUGUAAGGAGCUACACCUGCAGUGGACGGAGGGGAUCGUCAACGAAUUCUACGAACAGGGUGAUGAAGAAGCAAGCCUGGGCCUUCCCAUCAGCCCAUUCAUGGACCGGUCCGCUCCACAGCUCGCUAAACUGCAGGAGUCGUUCAUCACUCACAUAGUAGGACCUCUGUGCUCCUCCUACGACUCUGCUGCUCUUAUGCCAGGACGCUGGUUUGACCCACCUGAGGGAGAGAUGGAGCCAGAGGAGGCAAAGGAAGAACAAGUUACAGAAGAGGAGGAGGAAGAUACAGCAGAUGAGGACGCGUCAACAAGUUCCGACAACUCCCAGCGGCAAGAAACCAAAAAGGUGAGCAGGAGAAAAGUGUUUUGCCAGAUCACGCAACAUAUUUUGGAAAACCAUGAAAUGUGGAAAAGAGUGAUCGCCACAGAAGCCCAGGAGGAGGCCCAGAAAGGGGACCCAAACUGCAUCGGCAGCCCCACUGAUCCAAUCACAGCCAUUCAUGAGGAAGAGGAAGAGCAAGCAAGCAAAGAGGAGUCUUCGACUGACGGCCUUGAUGAAAGGGAAGAGGUGCCAGCUUUAGAGGAAGAGGAAAUCCUUUCGCAAUCAGAGACUUCAGGGGAAAAAGAGGACGAACCAGAGUGAUAUUAUGAACUUUGACCUCCUCUUAAACCAGGAAUCUGAACGUUGUCUAAAAAUGUUUGUUUCUUUCCUAACUAAACUCUUGAUAUCGUAGCCAGCACAUCACUUUGACACAACACUGUAGAAGAUGUUUUGGGUAAUAUGUGCCUAACAAAAACAGGGUUUGAGGACAGGGAUGAUGCAUGCCCAGUGCAUCUGACAAGGAGAGAGAGGUGAGAUGGGCAAAAGAUGAAAUGACUACGAGGCCGAAAAAGAAGCUGAAAAAGAAAAAGAGAAUGAUUGGGACUGUAUUUGUUUUUGUUGUAGUGUUUGUUUUAGUCUGGAUCUGGUGCCCUGCCCUCACCCAGGCUGCCCAUCCUGCACUAUGAGCCAACCACGCUGAUUCACUCAUUCACUCUACCAGUGAGUAAUACACUGUCACAAGUCCCCCCACCCACCCUUCUUCUUGUUGCUCCCAUGCUAUCAGCACACUGUGGAGCCCCCGGCUGGUUGAGGAUGUGCAACAAGCCCCUUCUCCUUGAGGACAAUGGGAUGAAAGCCAGGGAAAAGGCUGUGUCCACUGAGGCUCAGCCGUGUGGAUUUCAGAGGGAGAUGGAAAAAAAGAGCCAGUUGUAGUACAUUGUGUAUCCAGACAAACACCCACACAAGCUUCACAGACGCACACUCACACAGGCAUAUACACAAUGCUACAGUAGAAACACAUUCCAUACACAGAACUGAUAGAAGUUUAACAAAGAACCCUGUUGCUAUAAAAGCUUUAUUCUCACUCAAAGAAAAACAUACAAAACAAGGUUUUGUUCAUGACAAACAAUGCUUUUCCCUAGUCGCAUGUUUUCUCCCUUUCUUUUGUUACGCAGAGUCAGUCCAGCACACCAACACAUUUCCAGGGCACACAACUCAGGAAAGCAGAGACCCAUAGAGAAAAAAACACAAAAAGGACUAGCAGUGUCCUUGUCCUUUUAAUUGCCACUGCUUCAAUUCGAUUUUCCUUCUGUGCAGUAUGAGAUGUUAUUGAUUAACUGAUGUCGCUAGAUACACGGUUCCCUUUGUGCAUGACAAAGGAACCACGAGGUAAACAAGAUUAUUGAUCACAUUACACUGUCUGUCAACUACAACACAGCAGAUCACACUGUUAACCACAUUCAAACUAACAUACAAAGCACAAAACUAGGUAAUAAGGUAAUGUGUUUUGUUAAGUUAAGCAUUUGUGUUCAUAUUUUAUGUAACUUCCCACCGUGUUUGCUUAAUCUUUACAGUAAUGUACUCUCUCAUGAAUUCUUUAUCAUUUCUAACCCGGUAUGUAGGCCAAAUGCUUCAGAAAGUGAGUAAUCCAGUAAGCCAUAGUGGCCCAGGCCAGAGCUGACUCACGACUCCAAAUCACCCGAGCGGAUUUACGUCAAUAAGACAUAAAAAGAAAAAAAAAAAAGAAAAACCCU